CAAGGAGCAAGGCACGCAGACGGAGCGUGUUCUGUGACGUUGAAUGGACGUUGCGUCGCGAUUGCUGCUGAGACGGUAGGCAAUCCUCUUUUGUUUGUCGGCAGGUGCGGGAAGUUGUGUACUACACGCAGCACCCGACACCGAGCGGAGUUGCUCCUUGACAAGUCGCAGCGCGUCGUAACUAAAGCUCGAAGCCCUCUUCGUCGCCGUGCCCAAUGUUGGAUCGUGGGUCAAAUGCUUCUGGAUUUUCAACUCGUAGCGCUCACUGUACUGUUGUUAGUCAGUGAAACGCUGUCAAGCGCUGCUGACAGCGAUGGGAUCAUCACCUUUCCCGUCCGGCCUGCCGUGCGUCCGACGAACUUCACGAGCAUCGAAGGCAAUGCCAUCGAAGGCGCAGCCGCUGAGGGCUUCAUUGCGAAAGUUUACCUCGGAACGCCUCCACAACGCAUAAAUUUAUACGUAGAUACAGGCAGCAGUGACAUCGCAGUUGCAGCAUCAGACGACAACAACCUGACUACAUACUUUUUUACAAAUAGGUCAGCAACUUACGUUUCUGGUACGGAGGAUGUGUCGAAGAGGUUCGUCACAGGCGGGUACAACGGAACUGUCGGCAGUGACAUUUUGCGAGACAUGACGUCGUUGUCGCUUAAGGUGCCGCUGAUUGCGAUAGCCUCCUCUGUAGACAUGUUCCCACCCAAUGCACGACGACAGGGCCUGUGGGGACUAGCCUUCCCACACCUCACCAGGCAACAAAGUUUCAUGGAGGCCUUGAGCGCUGAAAAGGGCAUCACUCACUUUGUGCUCUCCUACUGUGAUAAGCAUGAAAUGGGCUCGGCACAGAACUUUGGGGCAUUGAGCUUCAACGCAAAGAUUCCAAACGGAACACUUUUUACUCCCGUCUUUAUGCCUACCUACUUUUCUAUUUACGUGUCCAACAUCAGAGUCGGGCAAAGCGAGUGGCCGGGCCUCUGCAGCGAGCUGAACGACGAUCCUGCAAUAGUUGACACCGGUGCCACAAACCUCCUGCUGCCAGAUGAUGUCUUCCAUUGGGUGUUUGACAUGCUUAAUGAACAGGGCAAGUACAACCUUUCCUCAGACAUCACCACUGUUUACUGCCUGGAAGACGGUUUCGUGGUUAAUGAUUUCCCCAUGCUGGAGGUGCUCAUGCCAGAUGCUCAGGGAAAUAUUUUCACUCUGAAGAUCCCACCGUCUGUUUACUUUCAAGAGGUCACAUUAAAACGCGGUGACCACGGUUGCUACAAGCUUGCAGUGGCCCAGUCACCGUCGGGCAUCAUGAUCGGCUUCACCAUCAUCCGAGGGCUGACCACGGUGUUUGAUUUGGGCAACAAGCGCGUUGGAUUUGCACCCCUGCUUUGCAAUGCGAACGACGUGAUAGUCAAGUAUGCUGAGAAGGACCAUGCCGGUCACUCGUGCAUCUGGGAGCUCCCAACAAUGGGCUCCAAGACCUGGACCGUUUUCAUUUACAUCAUCGUCUUCAUUUGCCUCAUGUGUGCCCUGCCGGUCGUCAUCGUGGGACUGUUAUGGCUCAGACGUAGGAUACGUCUCUGCAGGUCCAGGCGAUUGUCCGACGGUGUCGGACUCAUCAACAUUUAGACACGGUACAUUUCCGUUUAGCUUUUUCCUUUUUUUUACGAGCACUUAAUCUCGUCCAGCAGGUGCCAAGCUUUUAUUGUUUGCAAGUUGCGUUUUUACAACCUUUUAAUCUUCGCACACCGUCAUUUGUUGUUGCCGCUUUUAACCUUAAUUUUUACCCGAACGUAUUUUUCUAACAUUUACACUGUAACUAGGAAUGCAUUUACACUGCAAUAAAGGUGGUCUGUUACACAC